UACACAACAAAAGUGAAGUGUUUACAUGUGUGUGGUGUGUGUGAUUCAUUUAGGCGUGUUCUCACUUCGCUUAACGUCGGUUGGAAUUUUGCAACUUCUUGUUAUAAGUGAGAGCUUUUCAGUUGUUCCGUUUGGAAAAGAUUCACGAUGUGUUACGCUGGCAAAUGUUUUUAUUGCAUCAAAGUGGAGACGGGUUCUAUGAUAUUUGCUGUUAUCAAUAUGGUAAUUACAUCUCUGCUCAUCAUUGGAAUCAUUAUAGGCACGAUUAUAUUUAACGUGACGUUAUACAAAGCUCAGCAUCCCACUGAUGUAGCUAUAUUGGAUAACGUAUACCAAUAUAUGGAUAAAGGUAGUCAAAACUCCCGUGACGUCCUCAUUAUAAAUGCAAUCUUGGGAGGUUCCGUGUUUAUUAUAAUCUUACACUUCGCAUUUUCUGCGGUGUUGAUCAACGGAUUAUCCAAGCAAAAAUCGGAGCAAGUGAAGAUUUUUUUUAUAUAUGGUGUGUUUAUUAAUGUGCUAAGCUACGGAGUCUUUGCAAUUUUGCCGAUCCUUGUAAUUAUUCCAUUGAUCUUCACCUCGAUUCUCGUGAUGAUCUACAUGACUUAUACAAAAAUGGAAAACAUGAAGGCAUAUGGACUAGUAGUCAACAACUACCGCGUACCUUUAGUUGCAGCUUAAGUUAUUCACUUCCUUGAAUUUAAUAUUCUCAUUGUAUUUUAAUGUAAAAACUCGUACACUGGUAAAUCUUUGGUUUAAUUAGUAAAUCUCUCGUCCGAAAUGAUCGAUGAUCAUAGUUAUUGACAUCAGCAAUGUGGUCAGAAAGGUUGGUUUUUUUUUUUAAUGGAUAAAAAUGGAAUGGCAAUCCCGCCUGCGCUAAUGGUAUACGCAGGCGAGACAUCAGUUAGCCCAUUGUGGUGAUAGACACUUGGAAUUCAGUACGAUGUUUUCCAGAGGGACCACGGAGAACUCGACCUAUUGGAUUGGGGUAUUGACAAUGGAACUGAUAAUCCGCAUUACUAACAAUCCCCUCUCCCCAGAAAGGUAGGUUAUAUUACGUUUGACUUGAUUUAGUAAAAGCCUGAAAAAUUAUUCUUUAUUCUUUAUUAUACACAAAAUAUAAUGUUAACCACAAUUCAUUUGAAUAAUAAUAAUAAUAAUAAUAAUUUAUUUAUUUGCUAGAAAUGUGGUUAUAAUAAUGGUCUUAAAUAUAAUAGAUCUACACAUUUCGCCUUAUCUAAAGGCAUGCAAAUUUAGUAUUAUAAUUUAGUGGCUUACGUAUAUUAAUAGCCUAGUAGGAGUCAAUCCAUAAAUAUUGGUAGCCGCACACAUACUAAUGGUAGCAGACUAAAUAAACACAAAUACAAACUAAACAAAAACAAAUACACAACAAGUCAAUGAUAUAACAAAUGUCAUACAAUACAAAUUAAUUACACAUUUACAUACAUUCAUUUAAUUUUUUAAAAAGUCAUUUAUUGAAUAAAAAUUGCAUUCCAGUAACCAUUUUUUUAACCGUAAUUUAAAGUGACUUACUGGUAGUUCUCUUAUUUAUUUUGGUAUUUUAUUAUAACUUAUAUAUGAUAUUAUAUUAUAUAAUAUUGAAACAUAAUGUACAAAGGCGGUAUUAUCUCUAAUAAGAGAUUUCUUCCAGCAAAAUAUAUGAUAUGUAUACACAAAGAAUAAUACAAACUACACAUUAUAAAUUACAUAAAAUACAUAAACCCUGUAAACAUACACAUUCUAUAUAUUUUUAUAUAGUUCUUACAUUUACCAAUUUAUUUUAGUGAAUCCGAAAAUUUACUAUUCCAACCAAAGAUUUAUCAGUUUACAGCCUGUUAUAGUAAUACAUAAAAACUAUAAAGGGAAUAGUAUCUGCGAUCCCUUGUUGUAUUAGAAAACAACUGUUUUGUCUGAAACUCUGUCGCAAGGAUGUAUCUAUGUGUAAAAAAAAAUCUAUAUUAAAAAAAGAAGUCGAAAAAGUUUACAUCGUUGUUUAUUCUAAAUUUAAAACUGUUUAAAAUAGUCGUAACCUAUAUUUGGCAGUUUGGCAUAAUCUAAAUAUCGUAAAAAGUGGGGAUCGUAGAAACUAUAUGUGAAGGUUGUGUGAAAGUGGUACAGCAGAUAAAGCAGUCUUAUUAAAAUAUCUGUAUUUUAUUCAAAAUAGUGAAGAUGCAUUUGGGCAUGCAAUUAAAGUUUUAUUAAUCACGAAUUGUUUUAUAAACAACAGUAGUGAGUAAACGGCCGAUUUACUAAUUCUAUUCGGCCAUCUUAUUUCUAGUUUUACUAUAAUAAUGAUUUAUAUUAAUUAAAAAUAUAGGAAAUAUUUCUUACAUUUUUGUAUACAUUUUUAAAUGUAUAUGAAAAAUAUAUUUUUCAUAUACAUUUUUCUCAUAUUUUUUUAUUAGAUCUAAGUUUAAAUUCAUAUUUUUUUUUCAUUUGUAAGACAAAACAAAAUUUUUAGUAUUAUGCUUAGAUUUUAUUUUGUUUCUAUGAUUCAAAAGUAAUAUAAUAUAAAGUAGCUUAAUUUAGCAUUGUCAUUAUAAAGGCAAAUUAUAUUAAAAAAUAUAUAUAGUUUUUAGGCUGUAAGUAAGGUAGGUGGUAGUUGUUCCUUAGAAGGCCACUGUACGAUAUAACCAACGAGCUUUUUGAUUCUGAGCGGUCAUUACUCGAAAUCUGUCUCUAAAGUAAACAUUUUAAUUAUAGCAAACGAUAUUGCAGUGAAAUCUUUAUUCGAAGAACAAAAAUUAACUAAAUUGCUAACAGAUUUGAGACAAAAUUAUUAUUAAUUUAGUUUAUAAUACUUUCUAAAACAGUAAUUUUAAUUAAUUGUUUUCAAAUUGUGAAUUUAGGAUAAAUAAUAGAUAAUACUAGCGUUAAUCAUUUCAAAUUUUUAUGAAUAAGAAUCAAGUCUUCGCAAUUUGGCAAAAAUAGAUUGUAAUAAUGUUUUGUACUAUAAAAAUAUAAUAAUAAUAACUA